AUUCUGAAUCGGAAUAGCACAACUAAAGCUACAGCAGCGAGGGCAACAUGAGCGGCAUCUUCCCGGGCAACAGCAGCCUUAUCCAGCAACUAGACAGUGCGUUCUUGGAAGACCUGUGUCUCGCGGUCUCGCUGGUGUUUUUAUGAGGCGCUCUACGUCGAUAUAGCCUCGAGAUGCCUGGAAAACUGACUUGGUGACGUGGUACUCCUUUUACGUUGAACAGAGCAAGUGUUGAUGGUCUUGCGGGACGGCCGCCACCUUGUCGGGUACCUGCGAAGCUUUGACCAAUAUUCGAAUAUCAUUCUAGAAGACACAUUUGAGCGUCACGUGGCUGGAGGACUGUUCUGCGAUAUUGAACUGGGUCUCAACAUUAUUCGCGGUGACAACAUCGUUCUCCUCGGUGAACUGGUACGGAUGUUGGUUAAUCUGUCAAACUGGUGGCUUUGCUAUUUAAUUGCUGAAGAGAUGAAUUAUUAUUUGCAUUUAUAUCUACAGGACAGCGACAAGGAACGCGACCAACCGCACAUGAAGCGCGUGGAGCUGGAGGAGGUGCUAGAGGCUGAGGAGCGGCUGAACGAGGAAGGCAACACGAGCGUACGUCAGCAGUGGGAUUUCGAGCAGCAGCACUGAGCGUGCCAAUAUGCAGAUCUAUGAUCUACUCCUAGUGUAGUAAUUCUAGCGGUCUCCAUCCAUAGAAGUCUGGCAUAUACUCGUACUAUAUCGCAGCAUUUGUAUCAAUCUUCUCGUCUUCAGACAAAGAUGGCUA